AUGUGGGGUAUAAAUAGAGAAGGAAUUUUAAAUUUUAUCCACAGGGCGAGAGACUUCUCAGCCAUAUACAAAUACAUUGUUCGGUCUGGAAACACUCAGCCUUGUGGGUCAGUCCGAAACAAAAUCACCUGUGGCCAGAUUGGUUGGCUACGUGUUCGGUGUGGGGGCCAGCCGGCUUGUGGCCCCCUUGUUCCUUAAGUUCUUCCUUCAUCCAUCACUUCAUCAAUCCUAUAAUUCAGGACUAAAAUUAAAAAAAUAUCCCGUCAGAAAAAAAUGAAAAAAGUAUAA